AUGAAAGCUCCAUGUCCAAAUAAGGAGGGUCAUUCAUUGCCAAGUAUUCGAAAAGUGAUUCGAUACUCUGUUGAGAAACCUCUGAUGUUGCAAUCAUGUUUUUCACAAUUUUAUGCUGGACACACCAUUACUAAUUUUGUCUUGUAUCCAUACGGCAAAGAAAGUCAUUUCUUAAAGAUUCGAGAAUUGGCAUUUCGAAAUUUGAAAAUAUUGCCUUACGAUACGAAACAUCAAACGAAAAAAGAGAAACGACAACGAAUGAAACACUUCAUGUCCACGAAGGAUAUUGUCAUUGCCAUCCAUCGAAAAGGCGCAUCCUCUCGGCAUGGUCAAGCACUAGCCAAUGUGGAUGAAUUGGCACGCUAUUUCCAAACUCAUUUAUCGAACCAUUCAUUCAUUCAACAAUUAUUGAAUUCUUCAAACUCAAACAAUCAUCAUUCACAACAACAGAUGCACAGAAAAUUGAAAAUUCAAGUCAUUGAAUUACAUCAAUUCAACACCAUAGCUUCACAAAUUGAAUACUUUUCACAAGUGGAUAUUUACAUUUCAGAUCCAGGAAGCGCUGCCUAUUAUGCCAUAUUCAUGAGAGAUGAAACCAUGAUGAUAUUACCUCCAACCUGUCAUUCUGAAACGAAACAAUGUCGAAUAUCUCAUGGAACUUUUGUUUUGAGUGCUCUCCCUAACGUUCAAGUUGUUGAAAUGAUGGAAAUGUUAUUGAAGGGAGUGAGUCCUGAAUGUGUACCAAAGGCUCUUCCUAUGAAUCCCUAUAAUUGUGAAGUGAUCAUGCCUCCACCAUUGUUGGCCAAUGCUAUUGUGCGUGCAUUAAGGAGAAGAUUUAGAAAAUUCGUCAAUAAUGUUUAA